AUACAAUAGAGGAAGUUUACAAAGAAGUGGCCUGCCCACUUUCACCUGCCACUUUGCCAGCAAAUGAGCACGAGCUGGUCCAGGUUCAUAGGAAGUGAGGAGUCGGCAGUGACAUGGAGGCAGACUCGCUGUCAGGGAAGUGAACCGAGUCUCUUGUUUAUACGAAGAAAACAAGUACAGAACUAAAUGGCCAUGGACACCCUCUUUGCUACCCUGGCUUGUUACCUUCUGGCCAUUCCCUUUGCUGUGGCACAAACACAGACGGAUAAAUUAACUGUCACGCCAACAAUAACAACCCCUGAUUUAAACACGACACUCACAGAAACAACACUAUCUUCAUCUAACUCUACUGGACGUGUGACUGUCUUCUCAAACUCGACGGAGAACACGACUCCUUUCACCAGCACGACCCGGGACAAUGGCACCUUCACCAACGCUACAGCGGCUACACCUGAGGGCACAAGUCCACUCCAGACUCCUCAGUCAACAACCGACGUGACUCCUCUAACUAAUAGUACGACACCGACGACCACAACACCGGGCACUCCUACAUCUACUGCUCUGACAACAUUGACGCGGAGCACAGCAGGUUACAUAAGUACACCAGAUACUACAGUGAUCACAACUGCAAAUUCAUCUCACACUGUCAACACAACCUCAGGUUCAGUGGGCACAACCACACAAGGUUUGAGACUAAACAUUUCAGAGAAGAGCAUGACCAUCGUCUUCAGCGUUGUACUUGGAGUGUUUGCCCUGACAGGGGUUGUGUUCAUGUUCCACAGAUGCAAACAUAAAAUCCAAUACUUGCAUCAACCUCUAAACAACAUGACAGAUGAAUUUGUGGCAGACGAGGACACACUUGUCAUUUCUGGAGGACUUUAUGACGGCCAUCCAAUAUACGACAACGUGCCAACGGCCCCAGCAGACCAAUCUCAAUUUCAUCUCCAGUUCCUUCAUUAAGGAGGAGGGAGCUCACAGUCGGAGACGUCUCCUUCUGCACUUCUGAUUUUCCACUAAUUAGUACGAUUCAGCCGUGUGAAAUCUAAAUUCUUCAUGAGAGGCAUUUAGAGAGGAAGAGAACAUUCAAACAAAGACAAUGCUGAUCAAUUUGAACAUUUAUUUUACUUAUAUCACUGUCAAUAUUAGGAAACGUGAAUAUAUUAAGUCAGUAAUACAUAAAUGAACCAUUUCCGACACCAACAACAUGAACUUGUGCAGAAAAAAAGAGAUUGCAUGUGAACAGCAGUAAAGAUAAAUCAUACAACACGACAGCACUACAAGAAACUCUGAACUCUCCUCCAAACCCAACAAAGAGCUGCUAAAAAGCUGGAAUAUGAACUAAAUCUUUCUGUGGUUAACAACACAGUUGAACUGAUCCAUAACAUACUAUCUACGCAUGUUAAGAAAUAAAUUGGCAUGCUCUUAUUAA